AUGUGUGCAAGUGGAGAGCAGCAAAUCAACCUGGCUCAACAUUCCAGCGGGGUCCCCCAAGGCUCUGUCUUGGGGCCGCUUUUGUUCACGGCCUACACAGUUGAUCUGCCAACCGCCUGCAUAAAUGCCAACACUGAGUGCAGCCAGUUUGCCGAUGACACUGCCAUCAUUGGCGCGCACGAGAAUUUUCUAGCCGCAGAAGAGCACCUCCAGUCAGCUGUGACAACCGCGGCACAGUGGCUGAAGGAUUGGCAUCUCCUGGUCAACGAAAUACACUAUUAUCUCUUAUUGGCCACUGGCUAUCGUGAGAAUAAAGAUUUGAAACAACAACAACAACAACAACAACAACAACAACAACAACAACAACAACAACAACAACAACAACAACAACAACAACAACAACAACAACAACAACAACAACAACAACAACAACAACAACAACAACAACAACAACAACAACAACAACAACAACAACAACAACAACAACAACAACAACAACAACAACAACAACAACAACAACAACAACAACAACAACAACAACAACAACAACAACAACAACAACAACAACAACAACAACAACAACAACAACAACAACAACAACAACAACAACAACAACAACAACAACAACAACAACAACAACAACAACAACAACAACAACAACAACAACAACAACAACAACAACAACAACAACAACAACAACAACAACAACAACAACAACAACAACAACAACAACAACAACAACAACAACAACAACAACAACAACAACAACAACAACAACAACAACAACAACAACAACAACAACAACAACAACAACAACAACAACAACAACAACAACAACAACAACAACAACAACAACAACAACAACAACAACAACAACAACAACAACAACAACAACAACAACAACAACAACAACAACAACAACAACAACAAAACAGUUGA